CAGCUACACUUCCCUAUUGCUGCUUGGUGCGUCUUACUGGUUCUGCCAGUGUCGCCGUUGGUCUCUCCCCACAGUCUUCAUUCGUACGCAGUCGAGAAAUAGAAGCGAAUUAGAAGCGCGGGGCUGUGGAUUAUAACUAGUAGAGAACUUGUGUAGCAUCAGCCGCCUGUGUAUUUUAGAGUCCGUAGGCUGGGCAUAGUCCACCUGACCAAGUCCACAUCCAUCCAGUUCCAUGGCGAUUAUCGAGUCGAGCAGUCGCUAUUUCUAAGUGUGUGUGUGUACAGUUUCCCUUUUCAUUUGGAACUUUUCUCUCUAUUAUAUAGCGGUGGUGAAUUGAUUUGAGUUAGCUGCUGUCGGGGUAUUAAAACGCCAACUUACAAACGUAAUAAAUCAAAGUGCCAAUUUUCACACAAACACGAUACCUCAAUCAAAACAACAACAACAACGUGCUGUCGACAUUUCUUUUUUUUUGAAAGUGUGCGCUGCGCUAUGCUGCGGUCAAUCGAUAUCCCGGCGGCUUUCGUGUUCCCAGUCCUACUGCUCCUGCUACAGAUUUUUGCUGUGACCAGCGUAUGGGGAACUUUACCGUUUGGCAACAGGAACGGCGAUUCGGGCGCUGCUGGCGGCUUCGUUGGCGGUGUCGGCGGAGGAAGACGCAACAACCCGCGGCUUCCAGUUAGUCCAGAAGCCUACAUGUCCAGUCCCGAGAUUAUUAUUUAUCGUGGAUAUCCCGUGGAACUGCACACAGUUUUGACCGAAGACGGCUACCUUUUAGGGAUACAUCGAAUUCCAUACGGUCGGACGGCAUUGUCAAGACAGAAAGGACCGAAACGGCCCGUUUUCUUGCAGCACGGACUUCUCAACAGUGAUGCUGAUUGGCUGAUCAAUCCCACAGAUAGAGCCUUGGCUUUCAUCCUAGCGGACCGAGGAUUUGAUGUGUGGCUGGGCAACGCACGGGGCAACGCUUACUCCAAGAGACACGUCAGCCUGGACGUCAACGAGGAGGAAUUCUGGGACUUUUCGUGGGAUGAGAUUGGACGUUACGACAUCCCUGCCUGCAUUAAUUACGUCCUUAGAAAGACCGGAAGUAGGAAGUUGACGUACAUCGGUCACUCCAUGGGAACGGCGGUUUUCUGGGUAGCGAUGAUCACCAAUCCUCAUCUGAAUAGCAAAAUUGAAGUCAUGAUGGCUCUGGCACCGGCCGCCUCUGUGGCCAACGUCAAAAGUUUCGUCAGGCUAUCGGCCGCCUUCGUCGAUCCAAUUGAAACGUUUCUCCGGCUCAUUCGAACGCGAGCCUUUUUGCCCAACACGGGAAUCCAUCGCCGAAUCCGUGAGGUAUUUUGCGAGCGGACCCUCAAGGAAGCUACAAUGUGCCGCAAUCUGAUUUUCCUCAUUGCCGGUGCCGACCCUCACAAUUUCAACAUUACGGCGCUUCCAGUCAUUUCGGGACACAAUCCGUCUGGCACUUCGGUCAGGACGGUAUCGCAAUUCGCCAAGAGCUUCAAUUUGGGUCAAACGUUCACCAGGUACGAUUACGGACCUCAGGGAAAUUUUGAACACUACGGUCAAGGGGUUCCUCCCGAAUAUAAUUUGAAGUUGGUCACGGCGCCAGUCUAUUUAUUUUGGGGUGAAAACGAUCUGUUAACAACUCCGGAAGAUGUCGCCUGGUUGGCUUCGAAGUUGCCAAACCUGAAAGCUUCCAUCCGUGUCGACUACCCGUACUUUAAUCACUGGGACUUUCUCUGGUCAGUGAACGUCAACGAGCUUCUCUACAAUCGCGUGCUCACUCUGUUGCCCUCGCCUUACUACACGGUGCUGCCUAGUGAUAAUGUGGUGCCGCUAUCAAAUACGUCCAGGACUGCCAGAGGUUAAUGAUGAUGGCAUCUACCAUCAGGUCAACCUUUCCUAUGAUGUCGACUGCCUCCUCACGAAAAUCAGCUCAAGAAUCGUGCAAAUAACAUACGAAUCAAUCAUUCUUCAUUAUAAAUAAUCAACUACUGGUACACAAGAUGAAACGGAGAUAUAUAUAUAUAUAUAUUUUAAUUUUACGGUCUUUAUUGCGAACAGCAUUAAAUUUUCUGUGACUUGCCUCAGCAGAACUGCCAAUCAAGAUUUUUAAAAUAUACAGGCGUUUUUCGAGUACGCCAAGUAUUAUCGUUAA